CAGUUGCAGCAACCGGGAAACUGCAACCAUUAAUAUCUGCAUAACAAUUCCACUUCCUUCUCUCCAUCGCUCUGUUCUGUGACUAUUACAUCUUUUGCAACUAAUCCAGGUGGACCGUAAGUAUGGAAGGUAAGGGAAAAGAAUAAGAGAAAGAAAGAUGGAAGCUUGGGAAAGUAUAUCCGUGUAUGUAUGAGGGGGAAGAAAAAAGGUGGGAGCUUCGGAAAGGGAAGGUCAGAGAUAGAAAGUUAGAUGUGGGGGGUUGCCAGAAAUACCCCUCAACAGACCCCCAAUGACUUCAUCGUCAAGGAGGUUGUGGGAAAAAACCAUCUUUCUUCUUCCAUCCAAGGAAGGAAGGGCUGCUCACCAAUUCCCGAUUUUUAUGGGGCUCCUUGGGGUUUUGUCCCGGUCAGAUCCUACACAGGGGGGAGAGAUAGAGAGAGAGAGAGAAAAAACAGGGGAAAGAACCGACGCUUUCUCUCUCAACCCCUAUUUCCUUGAUAUUCUCUUCUUACCAUUCCUUCGCUCUCUCUCCUCCAUCUGUUAUUGUCUAUAUCUUUAUGACAUCCUUGCUAGUCGGUCCUUUAAGCCAACUGGUUCUGUCCUCAUCUUCAUUUCGAGCCGUGUCUGUUCCUCCAUUUCGUCUUUCUUUGGUUCUCUUUUGAAUCUAGGAAAAUGAUGAAGAAGAAGAUUAGGGUUUCCAAGGAUCCAUCGUCGUCGUCGACUCCUUAUUUCCCUGAUGGAGACGAGGCAAGGGCGAGAUUCAAGUACAACUCUCUCUUCCAGGACUUUCAGGAGUUGCUACAGGAAACUAAAGAAAAAAGGGAUAGAUUGGAGAAGAUAGUGCAGAAGAAACUCCAGCUCUUGGCUGAAGUAAAAUUCUUAAAGCGAAAAUUCCAACAGUUCUCAACAACUCAGACUGUCCAAUUCAAAUUGAAGAAGCAGAUUCACAGAUUGCCUUCCCCUUCUGGUUGUGUAGCUCAGCCCAAGAAUCCAGUGUUUCAGACUGAACUUCCAUUGAAGAGGAGGAGCCAGAAACCAAAACAAUCUCCGGCUCCAACUUCUACUGCAAUGUUAGAUUUGAACCAGGUUUUUUUGCCGAUCAGUGAAGAAAUGGAAGGAUUCGAGGUGGAACCAAAGCCUCUGAAUGUGGACUGGUUUAAGAGGUUUUCAAGGGAAGGAGGAAAUGAGUUAUUUAAUGAUUCCAUGCUCUCAAUUUGCCAAGAUUCCGGGAUUGGUUCGAAGAAACCGGCUGAAAGGAAAGUUUCAUGGCAAGAUCAGCUGGCGAUCGAUUCGAAGAAAAACACUGAAAGGAAAGUUUCAUGGCAAGAUCAGCAGGCGAUUGGUUUGAAGAAAAAUGCUAAAAGGAAAGUUUCAUGGCAAGAUCAGCCGGCGAUUGGUUCGAAGAAAAAUGCUAAAAGGAAAGUUUCAUGGCAAGAUCAGCUGGCAUUGAGGAUGUAAGGGCCAUUGCAGGUUUAAUUGGUGAGAAAGAUCUAUAUCUUUUCCCUAACAUCUACUCACAGAAGUUUGUCAUAAUUGGAAAAUAUGUUUCCUUUGUUGAGAGAAAGGAACUUAUUUUCUCUUUUUCUGUUUUUGUUUCAUUAUACAUGUAAUUUGAUAUAAAUUAUGAAACUUGGUUGUAGUUUUUGGCUGAAGUAUUAGCCUUUCUUGCACUUGUUCUAAA